AUGUCCGACCUCAAGCCAACGACGUCGUUACUGACUUGUGACGGCAACAACGAAACAGCCGAGCCUCAUUCUAGCCGCAAAGGCAAGGCAGACCUGACUUCCAGCAGUUCCGGCACGAGCAAAGCCGCCCACGCCUCGACACUGCGCGCACCAACCACAGAAGGCGACAACAUCCCCUCAGAAGUAACAGCAAACCCGCCACCGUCUCCACCGGAAGCAGGUAGCCCAAGCUUCACAGCCCACAGCUUCGACUUCUCCCCCGCCAUCGCCCACAUCAACGCCAUGACGCCCUCUCAAUUAGCAGACUUCACGGCCAACGGCUCCCUAGCCAUCUACUGCACCUUCGACCGCACAGCACGUGGAGACCUCACCGACGGCUUGAUGAUCUGGUUCCGCUUCCUCGUGAACAAGACCCUCUUCCUCCAAAACUCCACCACCCGGUACGCCGACAAACGCCUCGUCUACAUUUUACACAGUGGCUAUAUCCCCUCGCUCGCGAAGAAGUCCGACUGGAUCCGGGGAAUGUGGAGCGAGAUCAAGACCAUUCUCGACAAGUCGUCUAUCGCGACUUACGCAUGCAGCCAAUCCCUUCCCCACCAGGAAUUCCAGAAGAUCCAAAUCGCACGGCAGUACGGUCUGGAUUCGCAGGAAUGGCAACGUGGAGGGAGGGUGGCGAGCGAGGAGGAGAAGGAUGUGUAUCAGCGUCUGAAGGAUUUGUUGGAGGGGGAGGAGGCUGUGAUGUUGGUUACGAGGAGGAAGAAGGAGGAUCUUGAGAUGCAUGUUCGGGAUGAUCUUGAGCCGAAUGAGGUGGCUACGAUGGAGACGCAUUUGCAGGAAUUGAUGGAGAGGUUGGAGGCGGAGGAGGGGGCGGUGUGGGAGGCGAAGUGUGCUUUGUUUCAGAAGAGUGUCGAGAUUAGGCGUGGUGCGCGCCAGUAG